GCAUGUGAGAGACUGAGUGGGAGGAGAGAGAGUAGAGGGAGGAGAAUGAGAUGUGGAGGAGAUGCUCUACUUCACUGGGAGAGAGCAUCAGUCUGAUGAGCCAGGUGAGGCCAGCAGGUGGACAUCGGAUUAGAGGAGUGGAGUGAGCUGGAGGUGAGGAAGGACGUGGCAACAGAAGUGUCAAGCGGGGAGAGGGAGUGAGGAGCUUGACUACAGGGGGGGAGACAGAGACAGUGAGUCAUCAGUGCUGCAUACUGUGCACACUUCCCGUGCAGCCAGCUCUUCCAGACUGCGAGAAACACGAUGGGAGUGACCCCAGAAUCUGUGCUAUAGAGCCUCAGCUGUUCCAGCCCAAGCUCCACUACAGCGUACUGCCAUCCCAAAAGACUGGAGAUUUAUUUGAAAUGAUUGAAAAGAUGCAGGGUAAGAGGAUGGAUGAGCAGAGAUGCACCUUUCCACCUCCACUCAAGACGGAGGAGGACUAUAUUCCCUACCCAAGUGUACAUGAGGUUUUGGGUAAGAAGAGCCCCUUCCCUCUCAUUCUUCUGCCACAAUUUGGAGGUUACUGGAUUGAGGGAACAAAUCAUGAGCUAAGCAACACGCUGGACUCGGAGGAGCUGCAGACUUUGUCCCCUGACAGCCGCACAAAGCUGGAAUGUAACACAACAGCAACGCUCUACCGCAAACACUUCCUGGCUAAGGAACACUUUAAUUACUAUUCAGUGGACAGUGCCCUCGGACAUCUGGUGUUCUCUUUAAAGUACGACGUGAUUGGUGACCAGGAGCAUCUCCGACUAAUGCUUAGGACCAAACAAAAGACCUACCAUGAUGUGAUCCCCAUCUCCUGUCUGACUGAGUUUCCCAAUGUGGUCCAAAUGGCCAAGCUUGCCUAUGAGGAGGUCAACGUUGACCGCUUCUUCCCUGUCCUCUAUCCAAAAGCCUCACGACUUAUAGUGACCUUCGAUGAGCACGUCAUAAGCAACAACUUCAAGUUUGGGGUCAUUUAUCAAAAGUUUGGCCAGACUUCAGAGGAAGAGUUAUUCGGCAACAGCCAAGAAAGUCCUGCCUUUGUUGAAUUCCUUGACUUCCUUGGAGACAAAAUUGAGCUCCACAACUUUAAAGGUUUCCGUGGAGGCUUGGAUGUGACUCACGGCCAGACUGGUACAGAAUCUAUCUACUGCAACUACCGCAACAAAGAGGUCAUGUUCCAUGUGUCCACAAAGCUGCCUUACACUGAGGGGGACACCCAGCAGUUGCAGAGAAAGAGGCACAUAGGGAAUGACAUUGUGGCCAUUGUGUUCCAAGAAGAAAAUACUCCCUUUGUGCCGGAUAUGAUUGCCUCUAACUUCCUCCAUGCCUACAUCGUGGUCCAAGUGGUCAACCCUUGUUCUGACGAUGUUCUCUACAAGGUGUCAGUGACAGCACGAGACGAUGUACCUUUCUUUGGCCCCGCCCUCCCAAAUCCCGCUGUCUUUAAAAAAGGUCCUGAAUUCCAUGAAUUCAUCUUCACUAAGCUCAUCAAUGCAGAAUUUUCCUGUUAUAAAGCUGAAAAGUUUGCCAAAUUAGAGGAACGCACGCGGUCGGCCUUGUUGGAGACGCUGUACGAAGAGCUGCAUGUGAACAGCCAGGCCAUGAUGGGCGUUGGAGGGGACGACGACAAGCUGGAGAACGGCAGUGGAGGUGGAGGGGGCUUCUUUGAGUCGUUUAAGCGGGUGAUACGCAGCAGGAGCCAGUCUAUGGAUGCCAUGGGUCUUACUUUCAAGAAGCCGCACACAGUGUCCACUAGCCUCAGCGGCAGCUUUAACCCCAGCACACCCGCAAAGAGCCCCAAAUUCCAAGGGAUAUCAUUGCUUGUCCCAGGAAAAAGUCCCAGUAAAUAUGGACGUCGAGGCAGUGCCAUAGGAAUAGGAACAGUAGAAGAGUCUUUGAUAAUUCCAGGGAAAAGCCCAACCAGGAAAAAGUCUGGUCCUUUCAGCUCGAGACGAAGUAGUGCCAUCGGGAUUGAAAACAUUCAGGAAGUGCAGGAAAAAAGCCGAGAGAACUCUCCCAGCACACAAAAAACCCCCGACAGUGGCCACGUCUCCCAAGACCAGAAGUCGGACAACUCGUCCAAUCAGAGCUCUCCCGAGGCGCUCACCACGGCAAAGAACAGUUCUUAUCUCUGUGGCAGGGCUCCAUCAAUCCCUGAAGGUCAUGACCUCUCCCGCUCAUCCUCCAACGCCAGCAGCUUCGCCAGCGUGGUGGAGGAGAAUGAGACCGAGGCAGCGGAAGACUAUGACACAGGCAUGGAGAGUUUGUCAUCUGCCGGGACGCCACACAAGCGUGACUCCUUGACUUACAGCACCUGGCUAGAGGACAGCAUCAGCAGCACCAGCACCAACAGCCGCGGUAGCUCCCCAGGUCCUGGUAAAAGUGAGCGAGGGAAGGGAACAGACAUCCGAAUCAAACUGGAGCGACCUCACGAUCAUCAGUCCUCAUCACAUUCCCAUAAGUCACAGUCCCUUUGGGAGAUGAGACAAGUGCAGGGGCUCGCCAUGACCAACGCCAAUAACGAAGAAGAGGAGCAGUAGUCGCCGCAAAUGUAGCCUCGCCAGUCAGCUGCUCCAUGAUGGCGGGAGUGCAGUGCAUCAAGACACACAGUGGAUGACGCACCAAGAGGGCCCAGCUUUUGCACAGUGUUAUUUCCUGCACUCUUUUCUUUUCUUCUUCACACUUUUGUUACUGGCUUUCGAAAACUCACAUUGUUGUACCUAUACAUCCAUAAAUGAUGCGUAAAAAGAAUGUAGUUAGGUUUGUCACAUUGCACGUAUGGACUACACAGGGUCAGAGAGUGCCAUUGAGCUUUUUGUAAAAAAAAAAUGAGUUGUUCUGCUUAUUCCUCUGACAAAAUGCCAUAUUUGUUUUCCAGCACAAAAUCUAAGAUGAUAUUGCCUUUCAGAGCAGUGUUUCUACGUUGUCCUUCUCCAUCUCUUCAGUUAGAGCAUACAAAUGUAUAGUAAAUCCGAUGAAAUGGCCUUAAAGUGGUAUUUUUUUUGUUGCCCUCUUUAAAACUCAAAGGUUCAAAAGCCAAUAACAGGAAUAAAAUAUUCCAAGUGGAUCAGCUGUGAAACUAAUCUAUUCACAACCCCUUUCAUUACUCCCUAUAUGUGCUGUUAACGUAUGGAAACGUUCACUUAUUUUCCUGUUAUAUCUAUCUUGACUGUUGCUGUGAGACCACUUUCUAUUUAAUGUGUUAUUUAGUUUUCUAUGUUUUUAUUUAUUGAUUUGGUUGUUUUUUGGAGUGACUUAAAUGAUCAUUUGUACCUACACAUGGCAAUGUCUAGCACCUUGUCAUGAGCUUGGACUGUGUUUAUUUGCAGUGAAUUAGGUUUAUGAUUGUGAAACUCUUCAUCUCUUUUCAUACAGAAAAUACAUAAAGAAACAAUAAAACUAAAUAUCUCAGUUGUAAAAGUUGCUCCAAAUUCAACUACUGAUGAUGUAAAUCUAUAUUUUUUUGGAGUACAUAAUUCUAACGGCCAAGACUGUGAUCUUACAAUAAUUACCAAGUCAAAAAAGGGGUUCAUUCACCUCUAAAUACUAACUUUGAUCAUAAUGAAAAUAUUUCUAAUCAUAUUCUUGCCGUUCUGCAAAAGGGAAAACCUGUACUUUCUCCAGAUCAUUUCAGUUGCCUUAUCACAAACAUGUUGUAAGUAAACAUAAUGAAGCAAACAGGUAAUAUCUAGCAGCAUUUAAAAUAAAUGAAUGUUUUGUUGUUGUUGUUGAUUUUAUUGUAAAUAAAUGCCCUGAUAAGUUUA